AUGAAGUCUUUCGUUUCCGUCGCCCUUUUGCCUCUUGCGGUUCAAGCCGUAAGGAUCGUCCAAUCUAAUGAUGAUGGCUGGGCUGAGUCGUAUAUCCGUACCUUUAAUGACGCUUUGAACAACGCGGGCUACGAUGUUGUUCUUUCGGCCCCUGCUGAGAACAAGUCAGGCAGUAGCUCUCGAGAUGAGAAUCCCAAGGAUCGCAAGACGCCUUGCCAGUACGAUAGUUGUCCUGCUAACAGCGGUCCUGCUGGUUCCGACCCAAAGCGACCUGAUCUUAACUGGGUCAACUCUUUCCCCGUCACUGCUAUGAAGUACGGUAUCGACACCUUUGGUCCCAGCCUGUGGGAUGGCGCUGCCCCUGAGCUUGCCGUUGCCGGUCCCAAUGUCGGCAGCAACAUCUGGCUCCAGGUUCCCUUCUCCGGCACUGUUGGCGCUGCUUGCUAUGCCGCCCAUGAAGUCGGCAUUCCCGCCAUUGCCUUCUCUGGAGCUUCCGGCGGUAAUACUGCCUUCAACACCAAUCCUGUUCCCGAGCGUAGUCUCGUCUAUGCCGAGCUUGCUGCCACUUUCGUCAAGAAGAUUGUCGACUCUGGAAAGCCUUACUUGCCCAAGGACGUCUACCUCAACGUCAACUUCCCCAAGGUUGAGGGCAAAUGCACUGAUGCGUCCAAGUUCCAGUGGGUGCUGACCCGCAUCAACAGUGGCUUGCUGUCCGAACGUGAUACUGAGUGGUGUGGUGAGGACCGUCUUCCUACUGAGACUGAGAUCGCUCUUAAGAGUGGCUGUUAUGCUUCUAUUAGUGUUGGAGAUGCUGCCGAUAAGACUACAGCUGAUGCUGCGAGACAGAAGAUCGUCUUGGAGAAGAUCAAGGACAUGCUUGUGCCCACUUCAGAACCUUUGGAGCAACCUCGACUUUUUGCGCCGCCUCCAUAUUACGAUCAAGGGCCGGUCCGCCAGAGCUCUCAAUCCCGACGUAUAAUGGCACCAAUCGACCGUUGCUUGGCCUCAAUGGCCAGGCUAUCCCUCCUCCAGACUCCUCGACCGGCAAUUCCCUCGAUACCCAAGUUCCUCGCCCCGGCAGCGGCCCAACAAGUUCGACAGGCGUCAGUGGUCCGAAUCAGGAAGACAGCGAAGAAGAAGAAGCCACUCCCUAAGGACUUUAAGAGACAUAACCUGAACAAGAGGGAAUUCCCUCAGUACUCGUUAUGUGAAGCUAUGAGAAUCCUCCGCGCCGUUGAGGUCGGCGAACCCCCCGCUUCGAUCAAGUACGAGCUACACAUCAACCUCAAAACCGCCCGUAACGGCCCUGUCAUCAAGAACAGCGUCCGUCUACCUCACCCUGUCCAAAGCGAUUGGCAAAUCGCCGUUGUUUGCCCCGAAGGCAGCGAGAUCGCUCGUGAAGCCACCGCCGCAGGUGCUGUGGCCGUUGGUCAAGAGACCCUCUUCGAAGCCAUCCGACAAGAAAAGAUCAACUUUGACCGACUUAUUUGCCACGAAGCCAGCGAGGCUGCCCUCAACAAGGCCGGUCUGGGAAAGAUCCUCGGUCCUAAAGGUCUCAUGCCCAGCAAGCGUAUGCGAACCAUUGUUCCCGAUGUCGUCAAGUCUAUGCGAGACUCUGCCGGUGCUGCCGAUUAUCGUGAGAGACAGGGCGUUAUUCGUCUGGCUAUUGGACAAUUGGGAUACUCGCCCGACCAGCUCAAGAACAACAUCAAGGUGUUGCUGGCCAAGAUCAAGGCAGAGUGUACCGAGAUUUCAGAGGAGGUGCAUAAGGAAGUCCAUGAGGUUAUUCUCAGCACAACACAUGGACCAGGUAUCAGCUUGAACGGAAACCUAAAAGAUGCCGAUGAGAAGAUUACCCCCGAGGCUUUGUCGAGCAUCAUGUAA